GGGCGCCCAGAUCUCCAGGAAAAACAUGGGCGGGACUACCCGCCACGUGGUGCGCCUCCGCCAAUCGGCACGCAGACCGCACUUUGCGGCUCGGCUUCAAACAAACUACCGUGAGCAGCUCGGGCGGCGGGAGGAGCGGCAGCGGCCAGGCAGCCCAGCUUCGCGAAGGCUCUCGGCGCGCCGCGGCCCGCAGGCAACCGGCACGCGCCUGCCGCGCCUGCACGAUGCCCAAGAGGAAGGUCAACUCCGCCGAGGGCGCGGCGAAGGAGGAGAAACCUGCUCCUGCAAAAGUGGAAACGAAGCCAAAAAAGGCGGCAGGAAAGGUCUUUGGAAUGAAGUUGUCCUUUGGAUAAAUCUUCAGACAAGAAAGUGCAAACAAAAGGGAAAAGGGGAGCAAAGGGAAAGCAGGCCGAAGUGGCUAACCAGGAAGCUAAAGAAGAUUUACCUGCAGAAAACGGAGAAACUAAAAAUGAGAGUCCAGCCUCUGAUGAAGCAGGAGAGAAAGAAGCCAAGUCUGAUUAAUAUCAUAUACCAUGUCUUAUCAGUGGUCCCUGUCUCCCUUCUUGUACAAUCCAGAGGAAUAUUUUUAUCAACUAUUUUGUAAAUGGCAAGUUUUUUAGUAGUUCUAGAAACAUUUUUAAGAAGGAGGGGAUCCCACCUCAUCCCAUUUUUUAAGUGUAAAUGCUUUUUUUUAAGAGGUGAAAUCAUUUGCUGGUUGUUUAUUUUUUGGUACAACCAGAAAAUAGUGGGGUAUUGAAUAUGGGACGCUUUGAUUGUCUUGGGUGUCAGCUUAACAUUCCAUAAUGGGAGUAGUUUUUAUAUCCUGUAAUAUAAACAUAAACCAAAUGGCAAUUUGGAGUCAGUUGUGCAUUUAAUAUAUCUUGAACAUUUUAAAUUACUUCUACUCCUGUGUUGUCUCUGGUAGGUUUCCUAAAGAAAACCACUCCUUGAUCUUGGCUCUCCUGUCAGAAUUGUGUGCACUCUGUAACAUCUUUGGUCUUGGUAGUCCAGUUUUCCUAGUAACUUUGUUAAUGUGCUGUGAAAGAUUAAAAAUCUACAUAUGUAGUGUAUAUGAUAAGUUGUGAAUUAGUGAAACUGAUGUAACAGCAUAUCAAUAUUUGAAGAUACGGUACUUGAUAUCCUAUUAAGGAAAACUUGCCUCGAAAGUUUAAGCUGGAAAGUCACUGGAAUAACUUGAGAAAAAAAUCACAGUUACAUGAUUUUCUAGAUAUUUGGUAUGUACGUUAAGAAUUGUGUACAGAUUAAGAUGUCUGUGUACUGACCCUCAAAUAAAACCUCAAUUCUAAAAGAAUUUCUUGAAGCACAUGAAUUAAGUUCUGGCUUAAAUUUUAUGUCAAGAAUUUCCACAUUUGUUCUUCCAGAGUUUCUUAAAACUUAAGUCUUUGAUUUUUAAUACUUGAACACCUACAAUGUGCUCUAAAGGUGGUUUAGUAAUGAGAAAACAAGUCGUGUCCUCUGAUGCAAAGUAAAUAUGUAAUUAUUCACUCAUGUGGUAAGCUUGUAAGUACAGACUAAACUAGAGUGAGAUCUGGUUUGGUUCGUGUGCAUAUUUUCAAGAUUUGCUUUCAUGUAUAUCAUACUUCCAUUAUUGUGAUCUACACAACCUUUAAAAGUGGUAUAGGACACCUGCACUGAUUUGCCAAAUAGAAAACCAGGUCUGGAGAAAUUUUGCUGUGGUUACUGCUAAAAGGGGAGACUUUGGAAUAAAGUUUAAACCUCUACAUGUGA